UCACUCUCCAAGCCCCCCACUCCCCCACCCAAAUCACCCAUUUCAAGAAAUGGCUAGCAGCCAGCUCUUAAUCCUCUUAUCAUUGCUCAUGCUCCUCUUGUUGGCUUUCCCUAGCAUUACGGCUGCUGAGCAAGAGAAGAAGAUCGAUGUGGUGGUGGAAGGCGUGGUGUACUGCCAGAGCUGUGAGCAAACUGGAACAUGGUCUUUGUCGGGGGCAAAGCCAAUCCCUGCUGCCAAGGUCAGUGUCGUUUGCAAGAACCACCAGGACCAAGUCAGUUAUUACAAGGUCUUCGAAACAGAUGGGAACGGCUACUUCUACGCACAGCUCAAAGGCUUCAAAAUGAGUCAAUGUCUAUUGGAACAUCCACUCCAAGCUUGCCAUGUUAAGUCCGUCUCCUCCCCUCUUCAAAACUGCAACCUCCUCACCAAUGUUAACUACGGUCUCUAUGGCUUCUCCCUUCGUUACGAGACCAAGAAAUUAUUAGGAAGCAACUAUGAAGCCGUCAUCUACGCUGCAGGGCCCUUGGCAUUCCGGCCUGAUCAUUGCCCUCUCCCGUCUCACGUCUAAAUCAUUUCUAUUUGUUACCAAUAACCUUUAUUAAUUAUUAUUUUCUUCCGAUUAUUUCUUUUUAUGCCUGUACGUGGGGUCAACUCUCAGCUGAAGUACUUCUUGAGCUCGCCUUUUUGCGUCGU